GGUCUCAGGUCCAUGCAAGUUUACUGAAGUCCAUAUAAACUUUUUUUUUUUUUUUUUACUCACAGGCCGCUGCUGCUACAAGCUCUCUGCUGCAGACAGUUGGUUUUCAACAUGGAGAGGUCCUUCCAGGAGAUUCCUGACUCCUCCAACCUCAGCUACAAAUCAAAAGCAGAUCCUAUUUCAUUCGACGACAUCGACCCUCAGACAGAGUCCUUCCAGGAGAUUCCUGGCUCCUCCAUCCUCACCUGUAAAUCCAAAGCAGAUCCUAUUUCAUUCGACGACAUCAACCCUCAGACAGAGUCCUUCCAGGAGAUUCCUGACUCUUCCAACCUCACCUGCAAAUCAAAAGCAGAUCCUAGCUCAUUCGACGACGUUGACCCCACUGAGACUGACCAGAAGAUGUCAGGGUGUCCCUCUGAUCCAUCUGACAAGCAUCAGCAAGCAGACCUAGACUCAGUAUUCACGCUGCUCGAGGAAGAAAUCAUCAGUUUUGUGAAGAAUGAGCUUAAGAGGUUCAAAAGAGUCCUGAGUCAACCUGAUCCAAAAUAUUUAAAUAAAAUGGAAGAUGGAGAAAAUGUGAUUGAUGAGGGGGAGCUGAAGAGGAGCAGCAGACAGGCUUUUCUGAAGAUCACACUAGACUUCCUGAGGAAGAUGGACCAGGAUGUCAUAGCCGACUCUCUGCAUAACAAGUCUCCAGCAUCCUGUCAACAUAAACUGAAAACCAACUUGAAAGAAAGAUUUCAAUGUUUUUUUGAGGGGAUCUCCAAAGCGGGUCAGCCGACACUGCUAAAUCAGAUCUACACAGAGCUCUACAUCCAAGAAGGUGGAACUGGACUGCUCAGUGAUGAACAUGAGGUUAAAGUGAUUGAUACAGCCUUCAGGAAGUCAGUGAGAUCAGAGAAAACAAUCACAGUUGAUAAAAUCUUACAUCAGCAAGGAGAUGUUCCCAUCAGAACAGUGAUGACAAAGGGAGUGGCUGGCAUUGGGAAAACAGUCUUAACUCAGAAGUUCACUCUGGACUGGGCAGAAGGCAAAAAAUACCAAGACAUACAGUUCGCAUUUUCAAUCACUUUCCGAGAACUGAACUUGCUGAAAGGAAAAAGGUACAGUUUGGUAGAACUAAUCCAUCACCUUUUUACUGAAACCAAAGAAGCAGGAAUCUGCAGGUUUGACAAGUUUAAUAUUGUGUUCAUCUUUGACGGUUUGGAUGAGUGUCGACUUCCUCUUGACUUCUGCAACAACAAGAUCGCAACUGAUGUUACAGAGGUUGCCUCAGUCGAUGUGCUGCUUACAAACCUCAUCAGUGGGAAACUGCUUCCUUCUGCUCGCCUCUGGAUAACCACACGACCUGCAGCAGCCAAUCAGAUCCCUCCGGAGUAUAUUGACAUGGUGACAGAAGUUCGAGGCUUCACUGAUCCACAAAAGGAAGAGUAUUUCAAGAAAAGAUUCAAAGAUGAGAAGCAGGCAAGCAGGAUUAUUGCCCAUGUCAAGAAAGCCCAAAGCCUUCACACUAUGUGCCAGAUCCCGGUCUUCUGCUGGAUUACUGCAACAGUCCUGAAGGAUGUGAUGAAAACCAGCGAGAGCCAUGAGCUGCCUAAAACCCUGACUGAGAUGUACAUCUACUUCCUGGUGGUUCAAAUUAAACAGAGCAAUGUCAAGUUUCAUGAAGGGAGCGAGACAGACCCACACUGGAACCCAAAAAGCAAGGACAUGAUCCUGUCUCUGGGAAAACUAGCUUUUGAGCAGCUGCGGGAAGGAAACCUGAUCUUCUACGAGGAAGACCUGAUGGAUUGUGGCAUCGAUAUCAGAGCAGCCUCAGUAUACUCAGGGGUCUUCACACAGAUCUUUAAAGAGGAGAGAGGAAUCUUCCAGGACAAGUUGUUCAGCUUUGUGCAUCUAAGCGCUCAAGAGUUCCUUGCUGCUUUUUAUGUUUAUCUGACAUUCACCAACUCUGGUUUCAAUCCUUUGGAAGGCAAUGCCUACACCUCCAACACACCUGACCAGAAAUCUACAGUCUUCUUUCAGAAUGCAGUGGACCAAGCUUUGCAGAGUCCAAAUGGGCACCUUGACUUGUUCCUCCGGUUCCUUUUGGGUCUUUCUCUGGAGACCAAUCAGAAUCUGCUUCGAGGUCUGCUAACACAGAAAGGAACUGAAUCUCAAACCAGGGAGGAAGUAGCUGAGUAUGUCAAGGAGAAAAUCAGGGAGAAUCCCUCUCCAGAGAGAAGCAUUAACCUCUUCCACUGUCUGAAUGAGAUGAAGGAUCACUCUCUGGUGGAGGAGAUUCAACAGUACCUGAGUUCAGGAAGACUCUCCACUGAAGAUCCCUCUCCUGCUCAGUGGUCCGCCCUUGUUUUCAUCUUACUGUCAUCUGAAGAAAACUUGGAUGUGUUUGACCUGAACAAGUACUGUGCUUCAGAAGAGGGUCUUCUGUGGCUGCUGCCAGUGAUCAAAGCUGCCAAAAAAUCCAUACUGAGUGGCUGUAACCUGACAGAAAGAAGCUGUGAAGCUCUGUCAGCAGUUCUCAGCACUGAGUCCUCGUGUCUGAGAGAGCUGGACCUGAGUAACAACAACCUGCAGGAUUCAGGAGUGAAGCUGCUCUCUGCUGGACUGGGGAAUCCAAACUGUAAACUGGAGACUCUGAGGCUUUCAGGCUGUCUGAUUACGGAUGAUGGAUUUGUAUCUCUGGCCUCAGCUCUGAACUCAAACCCCUCUCACCUGAGAGAGCUGGACCUGAGCUACAACCGUCCUGGAGACUCUGGAGUAAAGUUGCUCUCCGCUGGACUGGAGGAUCCUAACUGGAUACUUGACGAUUUAAGGGUUGACUAUGGAGGAGAAAAUUGGUUGAGACCAGGUCUGAGAAAGUACUCCUGUGAACUCAAACUGGAUCCAAACACAGCAAACAGACGCGUUUUUCUCUCCAAGGACAACAGAAAAGCAGAACUUCUGAAGGAGGAGCAACCAUACCCAGAUCACCCUGACAGAUUUGAUUUUUUGUGUUCAGUGUUGUGUGAUCAGGGUUUGACUGGUCGACAUUACUGGGAGGUGGAGAGGGAAGGGUGGCUCGCUAUAGGAGUCACUUAUAAGGGAAUCAAAAGGAAAGGAGAUGAUAUUGGCUGUAGACUUGGAAGGAACAACAUAUCCUGGGCUUUGUUUGCAUAUCCUAGUCUUCUCUCUGCCUGGCAUGAUGAUGGCUCAGAAUCUGUCUGCAUCCCCUUUGAGUUUCUGCCAAAGAGAGUUGGAGUAUAUCUGGACUGGCAUGCCGGCACUCUGUCUUACUACAGAGUCAGCUCCAACUCGCUGAUCCACCUGUACACCUUCCACGCCACCUUUACUGAACCCCUCUACCCUGGGUUUAUGUUUCGGGAUGGAUCUGUUCUGUCUCUUUGUUAGAUAAAACAUGGAGUCAUCCAAUGGAAACACAGCUGAGCAACAACAGCUGUCAGCAGAGAAGAACAAUAUCCGAGGGCAGGAAAUUCCAGAAAAAUACUAAAAUGAGUGACUAAACGGAUGUAAAUGGACUGAUGAGAAUGCAAACACUUCAUGUUCAAAUAGAGAACUUUCACACUUUCACAAUAGCAUCAUGCCAGCAGAGGUGCCAAGUAACAAAGUACAAAUACUUUGUUACCUUACUUAAGUAGAAAUUUUGGGUAUCUACACUU